AUGGACCGCGGACACCGGGCCCCGAACGGCCACGCCUGCCGGGCGCUGGUGCAGCGGGGCCCCGCGGCGCCCCCCGGCGGCGGCCUGGACCGCGGACACCGGCCGCUGCCCGCGGGGCCCCCGGGCGCCCUGCCCCUCCUGCUGCUCCCGGGUCCCGUGCCCGGCGCCCGCCCGCCGCCCUGCGCGCCCGCCUGCCCGCCCGGCGCCCCGCAGCCCGGCCUCGUCCUCAAGCGCAACGAGCGCGAGCGGCACCGCGUGCGCUGCGUCAACCAGGGCUUCGCGCGCCUCCGCGGGCACCUGCCGCGCGCGCCGGCCGGGCGGCGGCUCAGCAAAGUGGAGACGCUGCGCGCCGCCGCCCGCUACAUCCGGCACCUGCAGGAGCUGCUGCGCGCCGCGCCCCCGGGGUCCGAGCCCGACGGCGCCCGGCCCGGCCCCCCGCGCCCCGCGCCCCCGCGCCCCGAGUCCCCGUGCGACGCCCCGCCGGGCCCGGAGCCCGGGGACUCCGGCCAGUGA